AUGGCGCAAGUCGCUCAACCCGCUCGGCCUAUGACGCCUCCUAAGAGGCUGCUGAAUGCACCUAUCCUAUCCCCGAGUAGCAUGCCUCCUCCACCAGUUCAGGCGGCCUCCUCGUACUCCUCAUACAAAGGCCACAUGGGCCUGGAUGUCUUCUCGCCGGUCGACCAAAAUGGUAGCUUCUGCUUCGAUCGCGUUAUAAAGAGCGGCAAGGUUGCCCGUCGCAUAAAGAAGAAACGCGCGUGGAAAGCGAGCUGGAAGCCCGCAUAUCUUGUACUCCGCCCGAACCUGCUCUCCAUCUACGGUAAUGCAGACGAGACCGAUCUGCGCGAAUCCAUUGCCUUGUCCGACAUUACGACUGUGGCGCGUGUCAAGAAGUCCCAUCACGAGAACGUCUUUGGUAUCUUCAGCCCGUCUAAAAACUACCACUUCCAAUCCAGUUCUGAACAGGACACUCUCGACUGGGUCACUCAGAUCCGCCUCGAAGCUCGCACCGACGAUCUCGAUCUCGACCCGCUAGACCCUCCAGCCCCACACUUCUCUCGUUCUCAUCAACAAGACUCUCAGCUGGGCAUAUCGUACGACACUACCGACCUCUCCGCCGACGACUCUCCAGAACCCGUACCCGACUCUCCGUCUGGUCGUCCGGGCAGUAAAAGGGAUACCACCCGCCCUCGCGGCGCCUCCAAUAUCGCCGCCACCGAUUUCUCCGGAACCGAGCAUCUCAACACCUCGUAUUCUUCUUUCAGCGACUUCCACCCCGGGACAUCCGCCCCGAAAGUCGGAAGCCUCUCUACCUCGCUGCCCAAACAAGGCGCACUGUCGCCUAUCGCCUCCGCCCAGCAACUGCGCCCGCCGCUACAAGCGCGCAACACAUCACAACUGUCUCUGGGCGCCGCUGGCGCGCUUGCGGCGGGCGAGACGAACCCUACGGAUCCAGAGCGCGUUAUUCGACAAGGUUUCCUCUCCGUACAGUCCACCAAAACGGGAAUUAAGACGUGGAAGCCGCUCUGGACCGUACUACGGCCCUACUCGUUGUCCUUCUACAAGAACGAGCAGGAGUACGCGGUGCUGAAGAUGCUGCCGGUGUCCAGCAUUAUUGAUGCUGUGGAAGUCGACCCGCUAGGCCGAAAGCACGAGUGGGUCUUUGAGGUAAUCGCAGAGGAGAAGACGCUGAAAUGCUCGGUCCGGGGAGAGGAGGACAUGGUGGGCUGGUUGGGCGCCUUGAAGAGCGUGGUUGAGCGGCAGAAACGCGAAGGGGGGAGAACUGAGCGUGAGAGGAACAGAGAUAAGGAACGAGGUAUGUCAGCCGGGGUUGCAGAUGGCGUGAAAGGCAUGAGCCUGAAGUGA